AUGGUCAAGACAAACUUGACAGUCAUUUCAAAUUUUAUUUUUCUGGGAUUUACUCACUAUCCCAAAGUUGAAAUCACCUUAUUUGUGCUGUGUUUGCUGAUAUACUUGAUCACCUUGCUGGGUAAUAUUAUUCUAAUUUCUGUUAGUCUCCUGGAUUCUUGCCUCCACAAACCCAUGUACUUGUUCCUCGGCAACCUGUCUUUUCUGGACAUCUGGUACACUUCUUCUACCCUCACUCCAAUGCUGGCAAACUUUGUUUCCGGGAAAAACACCAUCCCAUUCUCAGGAUGUGUUGCUCAGAUGUACUUCUCUCUUGCCAUGGGCUCCACUGAGUGUGUGCUCCUGUCCAUGAUGGCAUAUGACCGAUAUGUGGCCAUCUGCAACCCCCUGAGGUACCCCAUCAUCAUGAACAAGAGGGUUUGUGUACAGAUUGCAGCUGGCUCCUGGGCGACAGGCUGUAUCACUGCCCUGGUGGAAACAGUGUCUGUGUUACAGCUGUCUCUGUGUGGAAAUAGGAUCAUCAAUCAUUUCACCUGUGAGAUUCUGGCCGUCCUGAGACUGAUUUGUGUGGAUACUUCCAAGGUGCAGUUAAUCAUGCUGGUGAUCAGUGUACUCCUUCUUCCUAUGCCGAUGCUCCUCAUUUGUAUCUCUUAUGCUUUUAUCCUCUCCAGCAUCCUAAAAAUCAGCUCAGUGGAUGGUCGAAGCAAAGCCUUUUCAACUUGUGCAGCCCACCUGACUGUGGUGGUUUUGUUCUAUGGAACAGCUCUUUCCAUGUACCUGAAGCCCUCAGCUGUAGGUUUUCAGGAAAUAGAUAAAUUUAUGGCUUUAGUAUAUGCGGGAUUAACCCCCAUGAUGAAUCCUAUCAUUUAUAGUUUACGGAACAAAGAGGUGAAAGUAGCUGUGAAAAAAUUACUGGCUAGGAGCCCUCUUUGUCCUCUUUCAGCACAAAGUAGUGAAUAA